AUGCAAGGAUUGGAACAUAUAACGGUUUUAGGAGUGUUCUUCCAAAGCGUUGGAUGUGAACAAAUUUGGAAAAGAGAUGUAAGAUUUGAUGAUAAAGUAUUUCUCAGUGAAUCUAAUGUGAAAAGCAAACCAUUAUAUGUACUAUCUGUUAUGUCGUGUGGAAGAUUGUGUAAGAAGAAUGGAACAUCACCUGCAUUUUCGCACAUAGAAGACAAAUGCUACUGUUACAGUAAUAGGACAGACGGGCAAUCCUUCACAUUUCUGGAAGGGGCUCAGUAUUAUUUCCUAUCAGAUGAUUACUUUUUUCUAUCAGAUGAAAAGAAUUGCAAAGAUCACAACUACCAAUAUCUGUCUGAAAUCAGGGUUUGUUAUAAAGAUUACAAUGACAGCAAGAUCUGGCAGGAUGCCAAUAAGAAAUGCAGAUCAGACGGAGGCCAUCUAAUUAUGCUUGACACUGUGGGAAAGCUCUCUGUUUUUCAAAAUAUCAUUCCUAAAAACGUAUAUUACUGGGUUGGAUUGGAGGACAUGGACCAAGAUGGCACCUGGAUCUGGACAAAAAGUACCAGCAAAGAUUUCGAUCGGAAACUAUGGUUCCCCGGAGAGCCAAAUGGAAAUGAAUUCUGUGGAAUGGUGCAAUACCUCCCAUCUGACCCCCGAGCUGGAAUAUUUGACCUCAUUUGCGACAGCCCAUCGAGAUUCAUAUGCGAAAUGUGA